AUGGGAAUCGACUCCUCCGAGAUCGCUGACGUUCCGGCCACGACAAAGUCUAUGAAACGCUCGGGCACGUCACGUGUAGGCGUGACCGUGAACAGUUCCGGUCCAACCAACGUUGGCCUUGAUCGGCCAGCCGGCACCAGCACCUCCGCCUCAAAUGUUAAUAGUACCAAAAAGGAGGAUAAGAAGGGUAAGCCGAAGUCGCAGCCUUCGCGUUUUAAGUUUCCAUAA